AAUUUAUGUUAUCCACAGCCGCAGGUUUCCAGUCUAUGUUAAAAGAAGUAUGAUGAGUUGAUUGAUAAUUCUAAGGGAGCUCGUCAUUAUUAAGGAUUAGAGGAGGCCAUCCUUAAAAACAUACAAGCAUGCAAGGAAAUAUCAAAUAUGACAAAAACAUCAUUAGGUCCUAAUGGAAUGAAAAAGAUGGUUGUCAAUCAUAUUGAUAAAAUAUUUGUUACAAGUGAUGCAGCAACAAUUCUUAAGGAGAUGGAAAUCCAGCAUCCUGCUGCUAAGAUGGUUCUUAUGGCUGCAAAAAUGUAAGAAACAGAAUAAGGUGAUGCAACCAAUUUUGUGAUCACAUUGGCUGGUGAAUUAUUAUAAUAAGCUGAAAGUUUGAUUAAAUUGGGAUUACAUCCAAGGUAACAUUAAAUAUCAUUUAUAAGCUAAAUUGUGGUUGGAUAUGAAACUGCCCUCAAAAGUGCAUUAGAUUUAUUAGAUCAAUAAAAAGUUUGGGAAAUCUCAGAUGUAGCUGAUGAAACAUAAGUACUUUAAGCAAUUAGAACAUCCUUAAGCAGUAAAUUAUCAGAGUAAUAUUUACUGUAAUAUUCAAAGUUAUUCGAAUUUAAUUGCUGGCUUAGUAGCUAAAGCCUGUAUAAGAUGUUUGCCCAAAGAAAAAACCAGUUUUGAUUCUGAAUAUGUCAGAGUUACAAAAAUCUUAGGGGGUUCAGUAUUAGACAGUCAUGUCCUCUCUGGACUUAUUGUAACUAGAAAUGUGGAAGGGUAAAUUAACAGACUAGAAAAUCCAAAGAUUUGUGUUUUUAAUGCUCCAUUAGAUCCAUAAUCUCAGGAGACUAAAGGAACAGUGUUGAUUAAAAAUGCAACAGAAUUAAUGAAUUAUACUAAAAGUGAAGAGGAAUUAGCUGAGAAGAUUGUUAAGAGCAUUGCUGAUGCAGGUGUCAAUCUUAUUGUUGCAGGAGGUAGCAUUUCAGAAUUGGUAUUGCAUUUUGUUGAGAAAUAUAAAAUGAUGAUUGUGAAGGUCUAAUCUAAAUUUGAAUUAAAGAGAUUGUGCAAAGCCAUAGGAGCUAGUGCAUUAUCUAGAUUAUCAGCACCUAUGCCAGAUGAGUUAGGAACAUGUGAUAGAGUACAUGUACAAGAAAUUGGUAGUCAAAAAGUGACUAUCUUUGAAAAACAAAGUGACACUUGUAAAUUAGCAACCAUUGUAUUGAGAGGAGCUACUCAAAAUUUGUUGGAUGAUAUUGAAAGAGCUAUUGACGAUGGUGUUAGUUGUUAUAGAUCAUUAAUUAAAGAUGCAAGAUUUGUAUAUGGUGGUGGUGCAACAGAAAUAGUAAUAUACAUUAAUAUCUAUCUAGAAAUUAGCAUAAUUAUUAGAAUAAGAAGCUAAUAAGAUUAAAUCAAUUGAUUAAUAUGCCUAUAGACAAUAUGCUUAAGCCUUUGAGAUCAUCCCAAGAAUUUUGAUUGAAAAUGCUGGUCUUGCUUAAAAUGAAAUGAUGGCUUAAAUGCAUAAAUUAAAUUCUGAGAAACCUCAUUCACUCAACAUUUCGGUAUAAUUGACAACCAUUUCUAUUAUAGACAGCUACAUUGUCACCAUCCUAAGAUUUGAAAGUGUUUGAUCAUCUUAAAACAAAAUGGUGGGCUAUCAAAUUGGCAACUGAUGCUGCUGUUACUAUUUUGAGAGUAGAUUAAGUAUAUAACAUAUAUUAAAAUUAGAUUAUCAUAGCUAAACCUGCAGGAGGACCUAAAAUGCCAGAUAGAGGUCAUUGGGAUGAUUAAGAUUGAGUAUGAAGAUAAUCAUAUAAUUAUAACAUAAAUGUAUUUGAG